UAUCACAGAACUGUGAGACCUUCCAGAUACUAGAGAUUGUUAAUCGUAUAAAAUGAGGAGUAUGCCACCGUCAAAGGUAGCAUGUUCGCUUACCCAGCACAAUAUUUGUCUUUGAUAUCUAUUAUCAUCAGCAGAAAACCUUGUACUAUGAAGUUUACAAAUAUUAAGGGGAGUGACAUGGCUAUUGCCAUCAUAGCGGUAUUGCUUUCCUCCACUGCUGUCCAGGCAAAGUACCACACUUACACCGCAUCUGAGCACAAGGUUCUUGCUUGUAAGAACACGCUUGACAAUGCUGCCCGUUUCUGUGAGGGUAGGAACAGGGAUUACAAGUGUGUCUGUACAAACAGCGUGGAUUUGGGCUCCGUUUUGUACUGCAUUAAGGAUAACGACUGGUACGAUGAUGGCACUAUUGCCUUUCUCAGAAAUUCCUGUAACGCCUUCGCCGCAAAGGAAUUGGCUGACAAUUACUUCGACCUUGCUUAUGAAAAUGCCACCAAGUACAUCAUUACCCCCGACAAAAGUUUCAACAAGACCCUCAUAACCCAUGUUCCGAUCACCGUGAAGAAGUCCCUUGUCGUCACGCGCCGGGAGGCAAACAUGGAAAGAUUCAAGAACUACGACUGGGGUAUGUUUUUGGGCGGUGGUUUCGUCGCCUUCAUGGGGUUUGUCAUGUUGGUUUCGUGUAUCGCCAACUGGGGUAUGUUAAUAUUCCCAAGCUUCACCCAGAAGAUUUGCAACGGGACCAUCUCCAAGGCCUACCGUAAGUAUGUCACUUUGCCUGCCACCUUCAAAAAGAGCCGUAACGUGCCAUUAAUGUUCCUUGGCGUUCCAGUCGGUUUGGUUCCAACCAGAUUGGAGUCCAUCGUUGUUGCCCUGCUCUAUGUCUACAUGCUCCUCGCCUGUGCCGUUGAUUACAGACACGUCGACAACAACCCAAUCUGGAAGAGGCCUAUGGGUGAGAUCGGUAGAGAAGUUGGUGACAGAACCGGUAUUUUGGCUCUCUUUACCUACCCAUUGCUUAUCAUUUUUGCCGGUAGAAAUAACAUCUUACUCUGGGUCACUCGCUGGAACUUUUCUGUCUUCAACUGUUACCACCGUCAUUUGGGGAGAAUCUAUUUCUUGGUGACUAUCGCCCAUGCUAUUGGCAUGAGUUUGACCCAGCUUGCUUCCAGCAUGGACCGAUACAAGGCUACCAUGUUGGCUAACUACGUGAUUUGGGGUACCAUCGCCACUGCUUUCAUGGGUUUCUUGUGCGUUCAGGGUAUGUUGGUGUUGAGAAGAAAAUCGUACGAAUUGUUCUUGGCCACGCAUAUUCUCUUUGCCAUUUUCGUUUUGGUCGGCACCCAUAUCCACCUUGUUCCGUUCGGCUACGAAAAUUUCACCUGGGCCUGUGCUGGCCUUUGGGUCUUUGACAGAUUUAUCAGAUUGGCCAGACUUGUGGGAUACGGUAUUAAGACCGCCACUGUCACCUUGAAAGCCGAUGAAACCUUCAAGGUUACUGUCGCUAAGCCAACAUACUGGAAAGCCGGCCCGGGGCAGUACGCCUACGUUACCUUUUUCAGAGCCUCUUGCUUCUGGCAGUCUCACCCGUUCACCAUCAUGUCUGAGGACGAGAACAACAUCACUUUCGCCAUCAAGGUCAAGGGCGGUUUCUCUCACGGUAUCUAUAAGCACUUGGCAUCGAUGCCAGGCCAAACCGCCCAGAUCAAGGUUGCAAUCGAGGGUCCGUACGGGUUUGCCUCUCCCACUUCCAAGUACGACCAAUCCUUGUUGCUCGCUUCUGGUAACGGUAUUCCAGGUUUGUACGACCAUGCUAUUUCCUUGGUCCAGAGCGACCACGGCAAGCAAUCUGUCAAGUUGGUUUGGGUUGCCAGAAACUGGAAGUCUCUUUCUUGGAUGUAUGAAGAAUUGGUACUGUUGAAAGGAACCAAGGUGGAAACUAUCAUCUAUAUUACCAGGCCCGAGUCUGGUAUCGAAGAAGCCUGGGGUACGAGCUCGGCGUCUUCCGCAAAUGAAGACAAGAAGGAAGACGAAAAUUCAGCCGAGAACAACUUGAAUAAUUUGAAGUCCAGUUUGUCGCACAUCCAGUUUGUUGAAGGUAGACCAGAUAUGGAAGCGUUGGUUAGAGAUGAGAUCACCGUUGCUAGUGGUUCCUUGGCUGUCGUCGCUUGUGGUCAUGACGGUGCUGUGGAUGAUGCCAGAUACACUGUGGCUCACAACUUGGACAAAUCAGCUCACCGGGUUGACUUUUUCGAAGAAUUACAGGUCUGGACUUGAGUGCUCCAAGGUGGACCACUUAUUUUUUCAACACUCCAAGCCACCCUCGCUAACAAUUGACAUGUUUACUUAUCACAUUCAAGUAUUUCUGUAACUUGAGGAUAUAAG